AGUCACUGUCAAUGUCAAUGGGCCCACGAAAGAAAAAUUGGAGAAAAAUGUUUUUCCGGAAAAACAUGUAGAAGAUCUAACAAUGAAUUAUAAAGCACCUCUCCAACCACCUCUCCCCUUUUAAUUUCCAAAUGACACAAAUCAAUUAAAAUUCAUCUUGUUAUUUCUAUGAAGUUAAUUGUUUACAGAAAUGAAUUAUCUAACUAUAGACGUAGUUGCCCCGCGUUAACAUAUUCAUCCAAGAAAAUGGUCUGAAAACCCUUUAUUUGCUGCUACAUUAGGCUAAAAACUGUAAAUAAUGUUUAAAUUACAAAGUCUACGCUUGCUGGCCGCGAUAAAACAUAGGAAUAAAUUAAUUCGACCCUGUACAACAAAAUCUCAAGCUGAAGAUGAAAAAGAGAAAGAACUACAGAGGAUUGCUAAAGAUGCUUCAAUAGAUGAACCACCAACAGCUUGCUGUCAAUCAGGGUGCUCAAAUUGUGUGUUCAUAGUAUGGGCUGAAGCACUAUCUUCUAAGAUGCAAAAUGUUGGCCCAGAAGUCAGUGAGAAAAUACUGAGCAUGGUGGAAGAUCCAUCAAUGAAAGCUUAUCUUGAAAUGGAACUGAGACUACGAGGGCUUAAGAAAUGAUUGCAAUGUCCUGUUUUAAUUUUAUAGUAGAUUUCUUACUUAGCACUUAUAAAGCACUGGUACUCAGCUACAUCCCGUUAAACUGGAAGCUGACCCCAACAUAGUUGGGAAUAAGGCUUGGAGGAUGAUUUCUUACUCAGCUUCAUUUGAUUAGACUGGAAGCAAAACUCAACAUUGUUAGUUGAAAGAAAUUAUGAAUUUACGAAUUUAUACAUAGGUAUGGAAAAAGAAAACAUGCUGUGCUGACCCAAAAUUCAGAGAUAAGGGAUGAUAUUUCUGCCUUAAAUGCCCCUUUUUUCUUUUCUAGAAAGAAAAUAGGUGAAACAUGUUUGAAUGUAAUUAUUCAUUCAUGCGUUUAAGUGAAUUUCACAUUGUCAUAAAUAUGAUAUGAAAUAGUUUGAAAUGUUAGUCAUCACAUUCAUGUUUUUCGUUGUGAAAAUGUAGGGUGACUGGUAAAUAAUCUAUUUUAUUUAUUUAUUUAUUGAAAUCAGGCAUCAAGGCCCAUAGAAAACACUAUACAUAAAUAUUAUACUUAACAUUAAAUCAUAUACUAAUACAUAUUUUAUAUAAACAACUUAAAACUAAUGCACACGAAGUGUCGGCGUCGUGUUACGCUGCGUGGUGUCGCGUAGCCUGCCUCGGAACCUCCGAUAUACGAGACCCUUCGGCCAAAACUCUUCCUUGAGGAAUGUCUUGAUGUGAUGAGUUGGAACUCGCACCAUGAACGAAUUGAAGUUCGUAUUGUGGCACGACUCCAACUACAAAUAAUGAGCUGUCUGGAAAUUCGAGCAAAGCUCAAAGUUUGAUACAGCUGAUUAGUUAUUGUGAUGAAACUCAUUUAAAAAAUUUGUAUAAAAAAAAAACAUUUUGUAAUCAAGGGUAGAAUCACAUGUUCAAGUAUCAGUCUCUAAAUAACAGUCACAACAAGUAUAUAUUUUUUAAAGAUUUUGAUUAAGGGCUGAUUUUUCAAUCGCCAGAUAUCUUCUAUCUGAGGAAUAUUUUUAACGUUUUGACAGCUUUUGUAUGGAAAAUAUGUUAAACCGCCAUUUUUAUUCCUCAGAUAGAAGUUAACUGAUGAUUGAAAAAUCAGCCCUAAGAAUAACAAUUAUUGUGAUAGAACAGAUUUAUUAUUUUGUUAUAAUUGUUUACAUUUUUGACAGACUUCAUUUUCAUUUUGUUUUAUGAAGUUCAGUUCCAUUAUUGUACAAAACACAGUAUUCAUAACAUUCUCAUGUUUAGAUUAAGUCUAGAAUUUGGAAAUAUAUAUUUUGUUAUAAUUUAA